GGUUGUCUUCUGUUGGAUAUUGAUUUUGACGAGGCGCAACGCUUCGUGGGGGAUAGCUACGUGGUGCGCUGACCGCACACAACUAACCAUGUCUUCUCAGUGACUUGCCCCGAUGCCGAGGUCGGGGUGCAUGUGGCGUCCAUGCGUUACGGCCUUCGCUUUCCUCCUCACGAUCUAAUAGUCCAAUUUCUGAACUUCUACAAUCUUCUGCCGGGCCAGCUCAGUCCCCACUCCUACUACUGUUUUUCAAUCUUCCUGAUCAAGUGUCACCAGAGGGGAGUCCCCUGGUCUUUGGAUUUGUUCCGCUAUAUGUUCAAGAUUUCCAAAGUUGGGGCUCUUGAAGGAAAUUCGUAUGCCAUCGUUUCUUCCCAGGCCGAUUGUGGCAUGGCAGUCUUUCCCUCAUCCCUGAAACUCUGGAAGGCCAAGUUUGUCUUCGUUUCUGGUUUUCCCGGGGAACGGCAUCCCUUUCACGCCAGGUUUCCCGAAUGUCAUACAUUCAUUCGUCAUCCUCGUCCUGCGGCCACUCCCGAGCUUCAGGCACAUGCGCAAAAACUGUUGGAAGACUGUCGACCUAAACCGCCUCACGUGUACACGGUAUGUACAGAGCAGAACUUAGCGGAGGUAGGGAUCCUUAUCUCCCUUGAGCGCCAAUUCGAGUUGUCCGAGGCCGUGCUCGGGAGUCGCCCUAGGCGUGGGCUUGAGGAGAGUGCCCCGAGGUCAGAAGAUACAGAGUCGGGGAAUGACGAAAGGGAAGAUGGCGGGGAGGCCAGAAACGAUGAAGAAUCAUGGCGGCCAUCCUGCUCCGAGGGGGUUGCUGGUACGAAGCCUUCCGGGGAUUUGUCCCUCAUAUCAAGGGUUUUUUUUGUACGCCAAGUCCUUUAACUAUUGUUUUGUUUUGGCAGGGGAUAUGAAUCCGGUAGAGGUCAUUCGCAAGGCCAAACUGUUGGCUCAAAAACGAGACCGAGGGGCGGAGGUCCAACAAGGAUCUCCUCCUGUGGGCGCAACUGGUUCUGUUGCCUCGGCCCGGACUCAGGAAGAGGCUCCGGCUCGGAAUCAGAGAAAAAGGAAACUCAUCCAGGUUGAGGACGAGGAAACUGCGUCCGAAGAGAACAUGGUUUCGACCCGGAGUCCAACGGGUAAGCGUCCAGGCUAUCUUCGAAGUGGAAAGAGUUCCACUUCCCCCGACAAGGCCGACGGGGAUGUGCAGGCUGAGGCCGAGGCUGCUUCCCUUUCCACGACGCUCAGAGAUGAGGGCGAGGUUCUUUCGUCCUUGCAGGGGCUUAUGGACAACUUCCAUAAACAGGUGUCGGCGAAAUUGAGCCUGAUCACUGAGCGUCAAGCCGGGGCCGAGUUCUCUUCUUCCCUGAACUUCUUGGCGUCGGUGGAAACCGAGUUGUCCCGCCUACGAGAGUUGGCGGAGACCGAGCGCGAACGAGCCGCCGAGCUUGAAAUGCAAGCCGUGGCGAAGUCUGAGGAGGUGAUCCGGGUGCAGGGCCUCUUGAAAGAGUCGGAGGAGUCAGCCUCCCAACUGACGGCUUCAAUGGCCGAGCUCGAGGGGCAACUGCGCCAGUCCGAGGGCCGAAUCUCCGAGCUGGAUGUUGAGCUGGCCGAAGCUGUCUCCGCGCAGCGGUCAGUGGAAGUGGAGCGGGAUCGGCUUCUCUUCGAGAAGAAACAACUCGUUGCUGAGAAGGAGUGUGCCAUCUCCGAUUUCCUUCAGUCCCCAUCUUUCAAAGAAACCUGCCUGGGGAGGAUGUCCGCCUAUUAUGAAGGUUGGCUCAAAACCGAGGCCGGCACUGAGAAAAUGGAGGCGGAGGGGACGAAGUGGUUCGAGGGUGGAGUUCAUCAUGGGAUUAAUCUCGUCCUUCGUCGGACCAGGAGAGUAGACCCGUCCUUUCCUCCGCCCGGGGUUGACAUUCCCCAGAUGCAUGAUCCCAACUUGAAUGACGAGCUCGGGGAGAAUCCGGAUUACCUUGGGACGCCCGAGCACGAAGAAAAGGAUGCAGACGACACCGGCGACGAACGACCCUCAAACAUUCUUCCUUAGUGUUUUCCUUGUAAUUUUUUUUUGAAAUCUCUUCUCUUCUGUAACAAAGAUUUUGUCACUGUUUUGCUGCAUGCGUGAAUAGUUGAUAGAUUCCUGACAUUAUUUAUUUGGAUAAAUUUGAAUUGUGCCUUUUGAGGAACUGACUCUUUGGCUUCCCCACGCGAACAGACCUAACCACUGGACCGUCGCGCUGUGCCAAACACGUGUCACUGCGCACAGUUCCACUUCCAAUCACUACGACUGUUUGACUUCCUUAUCUCUUCGUGCAUGGUACUAUAAAUUGACCUUCUCCCUGCAUUGCGAAAUUCAUCCCUUCAUCCCUUUUGUUAAUCUUUUCAUGGCUUCCAAUAAUUCUGCGAGGAUAAAUCCUCCGCCUUCCCCGCCGAAAACCACUCGCCGCCGCUCUCCUCCUCAGCCGGAUGACACCGAGUCUCGCACAAACUCUUGGUGGUACCGCGCUAAGAAGUUGGAAAGGCGGAUCAAACGUCUGCAAAGACUUGUGAACUAUCUUCACGGAGUUCCUCAACAAGCAGCGUUCCCAGUUGAGCCUGCUCAGCCAGCUGCUGAUGCCAUUCCCGUGGGUGACAAUCACCCGGAAGAGUCUGUCGG